ACUUAAGUUUUCAUUGAAAAAUAUUUGACAUGUUAAUCCUACCUAGCUCCGCCUCUGAGAGGAGGCAAAGUGACUUUUACUCCAUCAAACUGUAUUUCAAUAUAUUUUAAAUAUUAAUUGCAGAGCAAAUCUAGAAUACCAAAUGUUUAUUUCUUCAUAUAUCAAGUUUGAAUUUCUUUGACUUCUUCAUAGUAUUUAUUUCUUCAUAUUCCAAAUUCUAACUUCUAUCAUUAAUAUUAUCUUUUUAACUUCGAAACGUCAAGAAGUAGAAUGUGAUCAUGCUGUCUAGAUUGUGCCGGACGGACUAGUGUAGAACGUUCCAUGGGCCUCACUUUCUUGCAAUGGAUUGAAUCCCAAUCAGGGUAAAGACCCUGAUUCGUUGAUGAAAGAGGAGGCCCAUUAAGGUGCAGUGGUACUCCUGUGGUCUAGCAUACACAUGAACAAUAACCACGUGGAGAACGUCGAUCACAUAUUACACGGACCAACCCGAACCGAAACAACCAAUCAAAUCGGAUCUUCCCUUCUUUCUGCUCUAAACAAGUCAGCUCUAACCACCUGUCUUCUUAACAAUGGCUUCUUCUUCACACUCCUUAGCUUCUUCUGCUUUCUUCUCCACUACCCCGGCGAGGAAACUCCCCGGCUCCGAUCGAUUUCCACUUACUAAAUCUCUACUCUGCCGGAAAAUACCUGGUUUUUCCAGCAGUACGGUCUCUGUUCCCGUGUGUUGCUCUAACUAUGCCUCUUCCGAUGAAAAGUUCAGUUCUGGGAAGAAGAUUGUGGAUAGUAUUUUUGUGGCGUGCACUUCAGUUGCUUUGUCGUUUUCUCUGUUUUUGGCAGACGUUGACUCUGCCUCGGCUUUUGUAGUCACUUCACCGAGGAAAUUGCAGACUGAUGAACUUGCUACUGUUCGUCUCUUCCAGGAGAAUACACCUUCUGUUGUGUAUAUUACUAAUCUUGCUUCCAGGCAGGAUAUGUUCACACUGGAUAUAUUUGAGGUGCCUCAAGGGUCUGGGUCAGGCUUUGUCUGGGAUAAGAAUGGUCAUAUUGUCACUAAUUAUCAUGUGAUUCGAGGUGCCUCUGAUCUCAGAGUGACUCUUGCUGAUCAAUCUACUUAUGAUGCAAAAGUUGUUGGAUUUGACCAAGAUAAAGAUGUCGCUGUGUUGCGUAUUGAUGCACCAAUAGACAAGUUACGACCUAUACCAAUUGGCAUAUCUGCAGACUUGCUCGUUGGUCAAAAAGUAUUUGCUAUUGGAAAUCCUUUUGGACUUGAUCAUACACUCACCACUGGUGUUAUCAGUGGCCUUAGAAGAGAAAUCAAUUCUGCAGCUACUGGCCGUCCAAUCCAAGAUGUUAUUCAGACAGACGCAGCAAUCAAUCCCGGUAACAGUGGAGGACCACUUCUAGAUAGUUCUGGAAACCUUAUUGGAAUAAAUACUGCUAUAUAUUCUCCUUCCGGUGCAUCAUCGGGUGUUGGCUUUUCAAUUCCAGUUGAUACUGUCAGUGGUAUUGUUGAUCAGUUGGUGCAGUUUGGGAAAGUCACAAGGCCAAUUUUGGGCAUAAAGUUUGCACCUGAUCAGUCUGUCGAGCAACUGGGAGUCACUGGAGUACUUGUCCUAGAUGCUCCUCCAAAUGGUCCUGCGGGCAAAGCAGGUCUUCUACCUACUAAACGUGAUUCCUAUGGAAGACUUAUUUUAGGUGAUAUAAUUACAUCUAUAAAUGGAAAGAAGGUCUCCAAUGGCACUGACUUGUACAGAAUUCUUGACCAAUGCAAAGUUGGAGAAAAGGUGAUUGUGGAAGUACUGCGUGGGGAUCAGAAAGAGAAGAUCCCUGUAGUUCUGGAACCAAAACCUGACGAAUCGUAAUGCCUCGAAUGGACAAGAGUGUAUGUUGAUAAUUGAUAUGCAUUUCCUGGCAAACUGCCCAUCUUAUUAUUGUGUAUCACUUGUUUCACAAUAUUGAAUGGUGUAUAUACAAAAACUGCACUUAAACUAGGGUGCAAGCAAUAUAAGAUGGGCUCUUUUAGGCGUGCCUAAUUCUUAUAGGGAAA